GCUCAAGUUUGUUCGUCACCAUGUGCCAGCGCACGCAUGCUCAGGCUCGUCUCGGCGAGCUCCUGCCACACCGCGGCAGACCUGCAGCUGGACGUGGCGCAGGUGCUGCUGCCGCGCGCCGAGCCCACGGCCAUGAGGCACGCCGUGCUGGCCUGCGUUGCCAAUGUGAUCAUCAGCGUAGGGUCCACGAUUCUCUUCAUACGUGAAAUAUCAGUCUGGAGGGCGCCCCACUCUUCACGAACCAGCUCAACACCGGGAUGCAGGCGUGCGUGUGCGGCCUGGCCCUGUGCGUGCUUCACGGCGUCGGCCGCCCGCGAGGCCGCGACGAGGUGCGGAUCCCGGUUCGAACGUGGGCGGAGCUGGCGCUGCUCUUCACGCUGCAGAACCUGCUGGAGGUCGCCUCCAUCGACGGGCUCGGCGCCCAGAACGGCCCGCUCGUCCCGGUGCUCUAUCCGAGGGGGAGCCGUGGUGCCGAUGACCCUCGUGGCGUCGAGCGCGCUGCUGGGCCACAGCUACGCGCUGGCCCACUGGGCGGCCGCCGCCGUGGUGCUGGCGGGCAUCUGCCUCGCGUACCUGCCCAACUGCUCCUCCCUGGCCCUGGGCACGAGGCAGGCGGGCGCGUCUGGGGCUCGUCCUUGCGUUCCCCAGUGCUUGGCGAAUGUGCGGUGCGAGGCGCUCCUCUCGCAGUGGUCCUCCUCGCGGGACGGCCCCAGGCUGGUGCUGCAGAUGGGCUUCUUCACCGCGCUGUUCUCCGUCUCGAAGCCUGCCCGCGGGCCUGCUGCUCUGCGCCUGCCGCGGGCGGGGCCCGGGGGCCCUGGUCGCCGACUAUGCCGCAAGGCCGCCGCCCUGCUCGUCGGGGCCGCCGGCGCCGGCCCCGCGUGGCCGGCGGCCGCCGCGUUCGCGAGCCUGGCCGGCUGA